UUGCAGGACAGCAGCAGUGUUACAUAUAGUGGAGGACGCACCAGACUCCGUUCAGAAAUCUGGCAUUUAAGUAAAAACGUGUUGAUGUUUAUACAUUUACUUCACCGGUCGAGACGGAUUAACACGUUUUCUACAAGAGGAAGAGACGCUUUUUAAUUCGGUCUGAAUGGCUAAAACUGCACGAAAAGUUCGUAAUGAGGACUUUAACCCAUGCAUCGAUGAAAGCGAUGCCUCCCAGAAGUGUUCGGGUACCUAUGAUCCGAGCAUGUGUUCAGCCUAUUUCCAGAGAUAUAAGAACUGUAGGAAAUACUGGCACAACAUAAUGAUGCAGAGGAGAAGAGAGGGUGUGAAGCCUGACAUGCCCGCUGCUGCAGAGAGGCAGGAGAUGCUCGCUGCCAUCGGAGGGAAACCGUACUGAGAGUCAGCAGGGUCACACAGAGACACUGUGAAGACCAGCGGGGACCAGGACAUUUACUACAAUGCACCACUGGUUGGGUGGACACUGUGACCCAGGGCCUGACCUGUACUCAAGCUCAGGUCGUGUGGAAGUGACCUUCUGUAACUGGUCUAUUCUAGAGAGGGAAGUCACAGAAACACAAGAUAUUAUUUAUUGAGGUUUAUUAUGUGACACAACAUGAAAUGAGUUAAAGAGCUUUUUGUUUGAAGGGAAAUGUCCUCUACAUGUAUUGUUAUUGUGGUAUCACAACUCUAAUUUUAAGUCACAACUAAUGAGAUCCAGUUUAGUGCAGAUUCCAUCAUGAAUACACAGGGUCCUUAAAGACACAUGCUUGAACCAAUGACAAUUAUUCACACUGUAAAACAACGUGUGCGGAGGACUUCUUCAUCUAUGACCCCGAAAGCAAGCUGGGGAAUUAACUCAACUGACCAACACGGUGAAGUGUGACACCUGUCAUCUGUCUAGCCUUAAUAAACAAGGACUAUUGUAU